GGGAAAAUAAACAGGGAACCGUCAAAUUCCCCAUCCCCAACCUGAGACUUAACCGCCGAGUUCAAAUUCGUUCCGCCGCUCAUCGGAAACGGUUUCUACUUUGAAGAAUAAUGGAACUGAUUCAGGGGACACAUAAAGCACCACAAGAUUUUAUUAGCAACAUGCCUGAUAUUGUCAUAAAUAAUAUUCUGGACCGAUUGCGGUUUCAAGAUGCAGUGAGGACCAGUGUCUUGUCGAGAAACUGGAGGUUUAAGUGGACUAUGCUUAGCCAACUCGUAUUUGAUGUCGACUUCUUUGAUUCAUUAGAAACAGAAGAAGAAGAAGAAGACGAAGACGAAGAAGAAGAAGAAGAAGAAGAAGAAGAAGAAGAAGAAGAUGACAACGAAGACAAAGGUAAUAACGAGAGCAUUGUAAGUAAGCUUCUUCUUCAACUUAGAGGUCCCAUUACAAAGUUUGUACUGGACAUAGAACACCUAUCGGAUGCUGAAGAUAUUAAUAACUGGAUUUUAUUCUUGUCGAGAAAAGGACUUACGGACCUCACUAUUAUGAAUUGGGAUUAUUCACCACUCGCGUUGCCCACCAAUCUUUUCUCUUGUUUAGAGUUGAAACAUUUGCAACUUCGUCAUUGUUAUUUUAAUAAUCCUCCACCUAGUUUUCAUGCUUUUCCAAACCUGUUGAGCUUAGACUUGUGUGUGGAGUUUGAAGACGAUAUUCAACUUGGGGAAUUCAUUACUCGGUGUCCCGUACUUGAGAAGUUCACCAAGGAUGAUCUGUUUGAAAUGGAGAAAGUAAACAUACUUGAGAUUGCAAAACAAGAAAAUCUCAAAAUAUUAUCUUUGAAAUUUUAUAAUCUUGAUGACGAAUCGACCAUCACAAGUUCCAGUACCAUCUUUGAGCUUGUGGGUUCUCUUCCAAAACUUCAAGAGCUUCGUUUGGAUUUUGAAGAGGGCCGGUUGAUAGAAGGUGUUGGUAAAAAGAGUUUCUUUACUACCUUUACCUGCCUCAAGGUUCUUAAAUUACUAAAUGUAUGUUUAGACAAUGGUAUUGUGUUAUCAUUUGCUUUUGAAUUGAUCAGAAGCUCCCCGAAUCUGCAGACUUUUGUAAUCACACCAAGUAACUGGGAUGCUGAUUCUCCUCCACAAGUAGACUACGAUACAACGAGGUUGUUGCAGCUUCAAGGUGUGACGUUUGAAUGUAUGAAAGGUUCAGAGAAUGAGUUACGGUUGAUAAAGUAUUUGCUUGCGUGUUCCCCUUCCCUAAAAUGGAUGCAUAUUUUUUCCCGUUUUCUCAAAUCGGCUGAAGAAAAGUUGGUGUUUGUUAGGAAGUUGUUGAAGCUCUACCGAGCCUCCCCCGUAGUUGAAGUCGAACUCUUUUGGUACUAGUUGUUUUGAACUUCUCUUAUAUUUGAUGCAUAUUUAUUUGUAUGGAUUUAUGGCAUCAAUGAGUCAUUGUGUAAUAUGCUCCAGGGGUAUUCUUUGGGUUUAUAAAUCGGAUAGACCGGGUCGGGUUAUUCAGGUU